AUGCCCGCCACCAAAGGAAGAAGCGGUAAUGCGCUAGGCUUGACAGGAAAGAAGGCGCGGUCCUCGACUGCCGUGCACAGCAAGGGCAAGCCGGCCCUGAAAGUGGAGCACGACGCGAAACCCGCGCUGGCAGCGAAACGCACCGAGCCGACCGAGCCCACACGGUCCUACCCCAAGGCCCUGCUGGCCGAGGCGGAGGGGCGGCCUCAUCUUGAUAUUGAAUCACCCAAGUACGAUGCGCUUUGGGCGGAUGCACAGGAGCGCAUGGGACGCAAGCCAAUUCAUGCCAAAGGUGUCAACCGUAUUGAGCAUAUUCUGCGUAUCUUUGAUCUGAACGCGACCUACGGCCCUUGCACGGGCAUGACACGCCUGGAGCGGUGGCAGCGUGCGCACGAUAUUGGCGAGGAGCCGCCAGUGGAGCUCCGUGAAAUUCUCCAGACCCGCGAAGGCAUACUCGACUUGCGGCUGAGCAUCUUGGACCAGGUGAUGGAGCAGGACGAUUGA